AUGAACAUGGCAGCCGGCAAUGGGCAACUCAGUGUUCCUCCAGGCUUCCGAUUUCAUCCAACAGAUGAGGAGCUUCUCUACUAUUAUCUACGAAAGAAAGUUUCAUACGAAGCCAUUGAUCUUGACGUUAUUAGAGAGGUUGAUCUUAACAAACUUGAGCCUUGGGAUCUCAAAGAGAAAUGCAAAAUAGGUUCAGGGCCACAAAACGAUUGGUACUUCUUCAGCCACAAGGACAAGAAAUACCCGACCGGAACUAGGACAAACCGGGCAACUGCCGCCGGCUUUUGGAAGGCAACAGGGCGGGAUAAAGCCAUCCACCUCAGUGACUCUAAAAGGAUUGGGAUGAGGAAAACCCUAGUCUUCUACACUGGUCGUGCUCCUAACGGCCAAAAAACCGACUGGAUCAUGCAUGAGUAUCGCCUCGAUGACCAUGACAGUGCAGAUCAGAUUCAGGAGGAUGGUUGGGUUGUCUGCAGAGUGUUCAAGAAGAAAACCCACAACAGAGGUUUCCAACCAGAAAUUUCUAAUAAUCAAGCUGAGCUAGAAGCUGCAGACUACUCACACAUGAAGGCAAGUAGUUCUUCGGCCCCACUAGUAGUAGAUCAUCACAAUCAUCAGUCAAAACAUCAUCAUCAUCAUCUGCCACAACUCUAUGAUUAUGCUUUUGACGGCUCCAUGCACCUCCCACAGCUCUUUUGCCCAGAAUCCGUCGUUCCUGCGAUCCCACCUUUCGUCUCUCCACUGAUCUCCUUGAACACCAUGGACCUCGAGUGUUCUCAGAACUUGUUGAGGCUCACAUCCAACGGACUGGUCCCGACGCCGCCGCCGGAGCAACGCUUCAACGGCAGCGGGGAUUGGACCUUCUUGGACAAGCUUCUUGCCAACUCUUACCACCACCAUCAUCAGCAACACCCAGCUCAUCAAGCCAAAUGUCACCCUUCAACACCGUCCGAUCAUCAUCACGUUGCUGAUCAUCAGCAUGAUCAUGUAGGCACUGCUUCCACUUCCACCCAAAGAUUAUUCCCAUUUCAAUAA